AUGGGAUCUCUCUGUUCAAAAGUAUCUGUUACACCGUUAACCAUAGUGAAUAAUUCAACACCGAGAAUUACGGAAUAUGAUGCUACUCAAGUAACAAAUGCACCAACAUCUUUAGAUACAUCAUAUGACCAAGCAUGUAUCACAAACCAAUAUGUUUCAAUAGACGAUCGAGGAUCUCAUAUAAAUGGUAAUUUUAUUCUCGUUUGGUUAGAUUUGAAUAUUCGUCCAUUGACCUUGAACGAUAACAUUCAAAUUUACAUUACUCGUCUUCAAACCAUUACCAAUUCAAUUAAAAUAAUUCAUAAUCUGGAUGACUGUAUUGACUUUAUUACUGAUAUUACCGAUGGAAAGGUAUUCCUAAUCAUCUCUGGUAGAAUAUUCCAGCAAUUUGUUUCUAUUUUUCAAGAAUUAAAUGAAAUUGAUUCCAUGUAUCUAUUCUCGAAUGAGAAUUCGUAUUAUAGACAAUGGAUUCAACACUAUCAAAAAGUGAAAGGAGUAUUUACUAAUAUUGAAACAAUGUGUAAUACAUUGCAACACAAUGUUCGUCAGUUAAAUUAUAAUCUAACACCAAUUAGUAUCAUUUCCUCAUCGACUUCAAUUAAUGCUAAUGAACUUGACCAAUCAUUUAUGUAUUCACAAUUAUUAAAAGAAAUUAUUCUUGAUAUGCCAUAUACGAACGAUGCAAAAGCAGAGUUGAUUUCUUUUGCUCGUUCGCAUUAUGCUGAAAAUAAUGCCCAAUUGAGAAUAAUUGAUGAAUUCGAACAAAAAUAUGAAUCUUCAACAGCUAUUUGGUGGUAUACUCGAGAUUGUUUUUUACAUUGGAUGUUAAAUAAAGCAUUACGAACGCAGAAUAAUGAAAUGAUAAUGAAAAUGGGCUUCUUUCUUCAUGAUCUUCAUGAUCAAAUCCAGCACUUAUAUUUAACAGCAAGUAAUAAUGAUAUUAAAACUGUUUUUCGUGGACAAGGUGUCACACAAGACGAAUUCGAUAAGAUAAAACGAAGUAAAGGAGGUCUUUUUUCAUUCAAUAAUUUUCUCUCAACAAGUUUUGAUUCUCAAGUGGGUCAUCUUUAUGCCGAUAGUGCUCGACAAAAUUCUCAAUUAGUUGGAAUUCUAUUCUAUAUAGAAAUUGAUCGUACAAUAUCAUCAGCUCCUUUUGCUUCUGUCGAAGAUUUCAGUUAUUUUGCUGAUGCAGAAAGUGAAAUUCUUUUUUCCAUGCAUACAGUCUUUCGAAUUGUCGAAGUAACAGAAAUUGAAGAUCGAUUGUGGCAAGUUAAUUUAGCAUUGACAAAUGACAACGAUCCCGUUUUGAUACACGUCAUGGAAUGUAUACGAAAUACAAUUGCAGGAAACACACCACUACAUUGCUUGGGCAACUUGAUGUGGUACAUGGGACAGUAUAAUACAGCCGAAGGGAUUUAUGAGCAAGUAUUAAACACAAACACCAACAUCAAUCAGAGAGAGAUCUGUAACACAAACAUGCGAUUAUGCUACAUAAAUAUUGUGAAAAAUAAUUACGAGAAAGCAUUCUUAUAUUACCAAAAACUAUAUAGCAUUUGUCCUGAGGCUUUUCCCUUCAGUGAUGACAUAAUAUGCCAGAUUUUUACAAAUACCACCGUAACAGAUGAUUCAGAACAAAAACAAUUAGCAUUGGCAUACAGACUACUUGAAGCUGAAGAGAAGGCUUCACCAUCUAAUCAUCCAAGACUGGUCUUUAUAUACUGUAGUUCUGGUGUUAUGUUUCAAUCAAUGAAAAACUAUUCGACAGCACUUUCAUUUUACGAAAAAUCACUUGAAAUUUCUCAAAAAUGUCUUCCAUGCAGCCAUCCAUCGUUAGCCAUUGUUUACAAUAAUAUUGGUUCAAUAUAUCACAUUGUGGAAGAAUAUUCAAGAGCACUUUCAUACUAUGAGAAAACACUUCAAAUAGCACAGAGAUCUUUUCCGUGUGAUCACCCUGAUUGGGCUACGUUUUAUCAUAACAUUGGGCUACUGUACGAUACAACAGGAAAAUAUUCCCUAGCUCUUAUGUAUUAUGAAAAAGAAUUGAACAUUCAUCAGAUAAUACUUCCGUGCAAUGUUUCUAAAGUGAUCAAAAUAUACAUCAAAAUUGGUCUUAUAUAUUACAAUAUGGAAGCGUAUUCUACCGCUAUAUUAUCUCUCAAAAAAGGACUUGAAAUAGCCCAAACAUGUCUUUCAAUCUCUGAUAUGAGUGUAGCUACAAUUUACUAUGAAAUUGCUCUUAUAUAUCAAUCCACAAAAGAAUAUCCAACAGCCCUUUUAUAUUAUGGAAAAGCACUCGAAAUUCUUCAGGGAUUAUUUCCAUCAGGUCAUGACAAACUAGCUAUUAUCUAUAGCAGCAUUGCUGCAGUGUAUCAACUAAUAAAGGAAUAUUCAACAUCACUGUUAUUUUACAAAAAAGCACUUGAAAUUAAGUGCAAACUACUUGCACCAGAUCAUAUUGAAUUAACUGUUAUCUAUAAUAAUAUUGCUACAGUGUAUCAGUUAAUGAAACAAUACUCAGGUGCACAUUUACACUAUGAGAAGGUACUGGAAAUCUGUGAAAAAAAGCUUCCAUCCAGUUAUUCGAUCAUGUAUACCACAUACAUUAAUAAUGGUUUACUUUAUAUGAUUAGAGGAAAAUAUUCUCUAGCCCAAUCAUGUUUUAAAAAUGGACUUGAAGCUGCGCAAAACUCGUUAUCACCAACUCAUCCUACUCUAGCUAUGAUCUACCAUAAUAAUGGCAUUCAAUUUCUCUUGAUGGGACAGUAUUCAACAGCACUUUUGCAUUGUGAAAAAGCGCUUGACAUUUGUCAGCAAUCUCGUUCAUCUAAUUAUCCAUUCUUAGAAUCGAUCUAUAUGAACAUUGGCUUAGCUUAUUAUUUAUUAGGCGUAUAUUCGAGAGCACGCUCAUAUUUCGAAAAAACGAUUGAAAUGCAUCAUCUAUCUAUUUCCUCUAAUCAUCCAUCAAAACAUGUCAAUUCCCAUGAAUUAAUAAACAACUUACAACUAUUAAUUUCAUCUAAUCGGCUACAGGCAUCGCUCGGCAAGAUUUUAAUUCGAACAAUUCUCGCGAUGAAGAAAACAACACAUACUUUGUCUAGCUUUAUGGAAAACCGAAUCGAUUCUUCCGCUAAUCGAAUAAAUAUCGCAAGCGACGCUCCAAUUCUUAUUCCUAUGUUUGACAGAGAAUUGGUUAUGUAG